AUGGGGACACCGACGAUGACAAAGAUGUCCAACCCGAGAGAAUACGCCACCGACACGAUCACCGAAAGUUUCGCCAACGCCAAGGGUACCUCCAGUUUCGGUAAGCGCCACAACAAGACGCACACUCUGUGCCGUCGUUGCGGUCGCCGCUCCAUGCACGUCCAGAAGCACGAGUGCUCCACGUGCGGCUACCCUGCCGCCAAGGUCCGGAAGUGUACGUACCUCGAUUCUCUACCGAUCACACGUUGCUGUUCCUCGGUCGCUAACCCACCCACAGACAACUGGUCCGAGAAGGCUAAGCGGAGAAAGACCACCGGCACUGGCCGCACUCGCUUCCUGAGCGGUGUUGCCCGGCGGUUCAAGAACGGUUUCCGGGUCGGCGCACCGGCCGCGUCCCGGGCUGUCCGUGCUUAA